AUGACACCUGAUGGUAAGCAGUCACCAGCUCAUAGGAAGCGCCAAAGGAGUUACAAGUGCGUUGUUGAUCUUGGUUCACAAGUCACAUUGGGGAAGGUCAGGAGCGGCAGAGCCUCGUCUGUGAGUCAGCAGGGUGCGCCGCCUGCAGACAGUUGCGAUGGAUGUGAGGCGUCACGCGGGUCGCGGCCCGCCGCCGGGUUCGUGCCGUCCCGGCGCGCGGCGCGCCUGCUGGCCGCCGACCUGCUGGCGCUGGCCGCCGCGCAGGGCGCGCCCGCCGCCUUCCUGCGCGCCCGCCCCGACAUGCUGCAGCCCUUCCUCAAGCGGGUCAACGAUAAGAUGCUGAAGGAAACCCUAGCAGCCGGAGUGGCGUACCUGCACGAGGGCGUGGAGGCCGGGGACCGUCGCCUGGUCCAGCAGCUCCUGGAGUCCGGGGCCGUCACGCUCUGCGUCGUGGCCGCCGAGCUGGCCUGGGGACUCGCCGCGCAUGUACACACCGUCAUCAUCGCUGAUACUUAUGUUUACAACGGCAAGCUGCACGCGUACGAGCAGUACCCGAUAACGACCGUCCUACAAAUGAUCGGACGCGCCUGCAGGCCGCUGGAAGACGAUCAUUCCGUCGUGGUCCUCAUGUGUGUCGCCCACCAGAAGACCUUCUUCACCAAACUCCUCAACGACUGUCUUCCCUUGGAGAGCCACCUCGAUCACAGACUCCACGAUCAUAUGAAUGCUGAGAUUGUAACGAAAACUAUAGAGAACAAGCAGGAUGCUGUAGAUUAUCUCACAUGGACCUUCCUCUACCGCCGUCUCACACAGAAUCCUAACUAUUACAACCUCCAAGGAGUCACGCACAGGCAUCUAUCAGAUCACCUCUCGGAGCUGGUGGAGACGACCCUCACGGACCUGGAGCAGUCCAAGUGCAUCGCCAUCGAGGAUGACAUGGAUGUCCAGCCCCUGAACCUGGGAAUGAUCGCGUCAUACUAUUACAUAAACUAUACUACUAUAGAGCUGUUCUCCCUCUCCCUUACAAAUAAGACCAAGAUCCGUGGCCUGCUGGAGAUCAUAUCCUCGGCCGCGGAGUACUCGGAACUCUGCAUCAGACAUCGCGAGGAGAAUAUCAUCAAGGCGCUAGCUGCUAAGGACGCCUUGUAUCCGCUUGUGGACGCGAAGUAUUGGUGUCCAGUAGGUCUAGAUGUAAGGCCAUGCUAUGUACUGAGGACUUCCCCCAGAGUCCCCCACAAGCCGAGCUCGGCGUCCGGCCCGGUGAAGUACAACGACCCGCACGUGAAGGCGCACGUGCUCCUGCAGGCACACCUCUCCCGCAUGCAGCUGCCCGCCGAACUGCAGGCCGAUACUGCGCUCGUACUCGCCAAGGCCAUCCGGCUGAUCCAAGCGUGCGUGGACGUGGUGUCCAGCAGUGGGUGGCUGUCCCCAGCAGUGGCGGCCAUGGAGCUGGCGCAGAUGGUGACGCAGGCGAUGUGGGCCAAGGACUCGUACCUCCGCCAGCUGCCUCACUUCACGGCAGACCUGGUGCACCGGUGCUCCGAGAAGGGAGUCGAGACGGUGUUCGACGUGAUGGAACUAGAAGACAACGCUCGCGCCAAACUGCUUCAGCUGUCACCGACAGAGAUGGCGGACGUGGCGCGGUUCUGUAACAGAUACCCUAACGUCGAACUGACUUACGAGGUGGUGAACGAGCGCCACCUGCGCGCCGGCAAGCCCGUCGUAGUCGAGGUCUCGCUAGAGAGAGAGGACGAUAUCGCCGGCCCUGUCAUCGCGCCCUUCUUCCCGCAGAAACGCGAGGAAGGCUGGUGGGUGGUGAUCGGAGACCCGAAGACGAACACUCUGCUGUCCAUCAAGCGAGUGUCGCUGGCCCGCACCGCCAAGGUGCGGCUGGACUUCGUCUGCGGAGCCCCAGGGCGCCACACGUACACUUUAUACUUCAUGUCGGACGCGUACCUCGGCGCGGACCAGGAGUAUAGGUUCACCGCCGAUGUCGCAGAGGCCGCCUCGGACUCCAGCGACUCGGAAUAA